AAAGUUUCGGACGUGUAGCGGAAGGCGAUGAGGUUGGCUGCUUCGUUUGUGCGAUUCGCUGCCACGGCGCAGCGCCGCUGCCAUGUUGCUGGUGCUGGUGGUGUCGGUGGUACCAGCACGGCUGUGUGUCGGGCAAUGUCGUCGGGGUCUUCAGAAAGCAGCUUUGUUGACCGUGCGCGGAUAUUUGUUGUGGGAGGCACCGGUGGGCAAGGGCACAAGAGGAUGGGCAGCGCAGGCGGUGACGGUGGUAACGUGUUUGUGCAAGCCGAUGCAAGCAUACACAACCUUCGUGACAUCGCGCAGAAACACCGAUUCAAGGCUGGGCCAGGAGACCCAGGCUCCAAGAAGUACAAGUCUGUUCCUGGAGAAGAUGUGGUCGUGAAAGUGCCUGUGGGCACGUCCAUCUAUUUGGACUCUGGCAGGCCCAUGGGAGACCUCACCUUCCACGCAGAGACACUCCUUGUUGCGCGGGGUGGCGAGGGUGGCUCUGCCCUGACCAACCAAAACUACUCUGGGCUUAAGGGCGACCGCCUGCACAUUGUGCUUGAGCUCAAGAGCAUUGCUGACGUUGGUCUUGUCGGGUUUCCCAACGCCGGCAAAUCCUCUCUUCUCGGCGCACUCUCGCGGGCCAAGCCGCGUGUUGCCAACUACCCGUUUACAACCCUCCGCCCAAACAUUGGCGUGCUUCAAUACGACGACUUCUCACAGCUGCGCAUGGCGGAUAUUCCCGGUCUCAUUGAGGGCGCACACGAGAACAGGGGGAUGGGGCACGCUUUCCUUCGCCACAUCGAGCGCACAAAGGUGUUGCUGUAUGUGAUUGACGUGAACGGAUUUCAGCUUGGGCCCGACCACCCUUACCGCACCGCAACGCAGACGCUCGCACUGCUGGCUGCCGAAUUGGAUCAUUACGACCCAAACCUCCGCCGCUCAUGCCCGGCCAUCGUUGCACUCAACAAGAUGGAUUUGCCUGAUGUUGAAGCAAAAGCAGACGAGUUUUGCAAUGCCUGCAAGCAAAUCCUGCCAAACACACACGUGCACAGAAUAUCAACCCAGACAGGCGAGGGCCUGCCUGACCUGGCCAUCGCGGUGAAGGAUACAGUUGAAUCCACCCACAACACCACCGCCCCCGCCGUCACCAGCAGCGAUAAUGAUGGUGGCGACACGGCUGACUUUGAACGGUUCCUGCAUGCACAGGACCUGGAGCUCUCGCGAUCAGCGACCAAACACGACCUUGGCGGCCGCUGACGGUGGUGGGUGCACAAUGUGGUGGAAGGUCCUGUGUUGCGUAUUGUGUUGUUUGUCGUGUUCGCAUGCGUGUCUGCACUGAUCAUAUCCAGGAGCUGCAGUUCAAUGUGCGUGCGUGUGCGUGUGUGUGUGUGUGUGUUCAAGUUGGAAUCAAAGUGUUUACAUGUCGCGUCAGCGAUUACAACGAUAGGCAACCAGCA